UCGCUGAAUGGGAGCGCUGCUGUCCCCAAGCCGAUUGGUACUUCUUGUCAGGAAGAAACGCCGAGAGGUGGGAGUGCCUGGGGAAGGAGGCAGGCGGUCCCUACCGCAGGCGCUGGAGCUGCCUUUCCGCCCCUCUGCCUGCUUUCCAAGCCUGGGCGCUUAGGAGUGGCUGAAGCUGUGGAGCGCUUCAGGAGCCUGUGAAUGAACCCUCCUCCUCCUCUUCCUCCUCCUCCUCCUCGCUGAGUCUCCUCCUCGGUGCUGACGGUACAGUGAUAUAAUGAUGAUGGGUGUCACAACCCGCAUUUGAACUUGCAGGCGAGCUGCCCCGAGCCUUUCUGGGGAAGAACUCUAGGCAGGAGGGCGCAACAGCCACGGACAGUAGGUGCUGUGGACAGGCACUGGGACCGGGAUCUGCGGCCAGCCCCGCAUCCUCCCGCAUCCUCCAGCAGCGUCCUGCACCCUCCGCACCCUUCCCCAGGCCACCGCUCUUCCUAUGUGAUCCGCCCCGGCAACGCCGAGCCCAUUCGCGCAGCGCUGCGGUGAAUUUUUCCCCCCAAACUGCAAUAAGCCGCCUUUCAAGGACAAGAUGUUGAUAAAUAUAAAGAGCAUAUUAUGGAUGUGCUCUACCUUAAUAGCCACCCAUGCACUACAUAAAGACCAAGUGGAAAAAAGCCCACCUGUUAAGGGCUCCCUUUCUGCAAAAGUCAACCUACCUUGUCAUUUUUCAACCAUGCCUACCUUACCACCCAGUUACAAUACUACCAGUGAAUUUCUCCGAAUCAAAUGGUCUAAGAUUGAAUUGGACAAGAGUGGAAAAGAUUUGAAGGAGACCACUGUUCUCGUGGCCCAAAAUGGAAAUAUCAAGAUUGGUCAGGGCUACAGAGGGAGGGUGUCUGUGCCUACACAUUCCGAAGACGUGGGCGAUGCCUCACUCACCUUGGCCAAGUUGCGUGCAAGUGACGCGGGCCUCUACCGCUGCGACGUCAUGUACGGGAUCGAGGACACGCAAGACACGGUGUCAUUGGCUGUGGAUGGGGUUGUGUUUCACUACAGGGCAGCGAGCAGCAGGUACACUCUGAAUUUUGAGUCUGCGCAGAAGGCUUGUUUGGAUAUUGGAGCGGUCAUAGCAAGCCCGGAGCAGCUCUAUGCUGCCUAUGAAGAUGGAUUUGAGCAAUGUGAUGCAGGCUGGUUGGCUGAUCAGACCGUUAGAUAUCCCAUCCGAGCUCCCCGUGUGGGCUGUUAUGGAGAUAUGAUGGGGAAGGCAGGAGUCAGGACCUAUGGAUUCCGUUCUGCUCAUGAAACUUACGAUGUGUAUUGUUAUGUGGACCAGCUGGAUGGUGAUGUGUUCCACAUCACUGCUCCCAAUAAAUUCACCUUCGAGGAGGCUGAGGAAGCAUGUGAAAACGAGGACGCGCGGCUGGCAACGGCGGGGGAGCUCCACGCAGCUUGGAGGAGCGGCUUUGACCAGUGUGAUUACGGGUGGCUGUCUGACGCCAGCGUUCGCCACCCUGUGACUGUGGCCAGGGCCCAGUGUGGAGGUGGUUUGCUUGGGGUGAGAACCCUGUAUCGUUUUGAGAACCAGACAGGCUUCCCUUCCCCUGAUAGCAGAUUUGAUGCCUACUGCUUUAAACCUAAACAGAAUAUAUCAGAGGCUACAACCACCGAACUGAGUGUUCUUGCAGAAACUGCAUCACCCAAUUUAUCUGAAGAACUACAAAGGGUACCUGACAGAACUACAGCAAUCGUCCCUUUAGUCACUGAAUUGCCUGUCAUUACAACAAAGUUCCCUGCUGUGGGAAAUAUAGUCAAUUUUGAACAGGAAGCUACAGUUCAAUCUCAAGCUGUCACACACAGAUUAGCCACUGAAUCACCUGCACCUGCUAGGAGUACCAAGAAGCCUUGGGAUAUGGACUUCUACUCACCUGUUUCAGGGCCACUUGAAAAACCAGACAUAUCUGAAAUUCAGGAGGAAGUGCCCCAAAGCACAAUUGUCACCUCCCAUCAUGUUACUGAUUCAUGGGAUGGUGUCUUGGAAGAUAUGCAAACACAGGAAUCAGUUACACAAAUUGAACAAAUAGAAGUGGGUCCCUUGGUAACGUCUAUGGAAAUCUCCAAGCACAUUCCUUCCAAGGGAUUACUGGUAGCUGAAACAACAUUUGUGCCUACAACAAUGACCCUGGAAUCCAGAACUGAGAAGAAAAUAGGCAGCACUCUUUCUGAAUCAGUGGGCCACUCUGGAUUCACCUUGGGAAAAGGUGAUGGUGAAGACAGAACAUUCAUAGUUAGAUCUGGUCAGAGCACCUUAGUCUUUAGCCAAGUGCCUGAAGUCAUUACUGUGUCGAAGACUUCGGAAGACACUACUCCCAUUCAACGAGAGGACAUGAGGUCAGUCUCAGCAUCGAUGACUGUUUCGCCUGUGACUGUACCUGACAGUGAUGAAUCCCCAGAUGACUGGGAAGAGAAACAAACUAAUGGUAGGAUAACUGAAGAUUUUUUUGACCAGUAUGUGUCUACCACACCUUUCCCAUCACGGCAUCACCCAGAAGUUGAAUUAUUUCCUUAUUCUGGUGAUAAAAGAUUAGUUGAGGGAAUGUCCACAGUUAUUUAUCCCUCUCCACACACAGAAGCAACACAAGGAAGAGAAAGAACAGAAACAAUAAGACCAGGGGUGGGAACAGAUACUCGUACUGAUGAAGAAAUACAGGAAAAGAUCACCAAAGACCCUUUUCUAGGAAAAGUAGAAGAAGAAGGCAUCUCUGGAAUGAAAUUCUCUAUGGCCCCCACGGAGCAAAUUCGUCUUACAGAGUCUUCAGUAGAAAUGACCAAAUCUUUUGAUUCUCCAGUGUUGACAGCAACAAAGCUGAGUGAGGCACCAACAGAGGCCAGAGAUGUGGAGGAAGACUUUACAAUGAGUCCAGUUGGCUUAGAAAGAGAUGGCUACCAAGAAACUACCAAGUAUCACGAGGGUGUUACAAUGGUGCAUCCGGCCCACAGCACUUUAAAUGUGGAGGUGGUCACUGUAUCAAAAUGGUGGUGGGAAGAAGAUAAUGUAACAUCAGAGCCUUUAGGAUCCACGGAACAUACAGGUCAUCCAAAAUUGCCUCCUGCCUUAUUCACCACUGUGGGAGUGAGUGGAAAGGAUAAAGAAACCCCAGGUUUUACUGAAGAUGGAGGAGAGGAAUAUGGUACUAUCCCAGAUAGUACUCACCAGUCAUUAGAGGAGUUUAUGGAGGAAGACACAACAGACCUUGGGAAAUUCACAGUUAGGUUUCAGCCAACUGCAUUAGUUGGUAUUGCAGAAAAGUCAACUUUGAGAGACUUUACAACUGAAGGAAUAGUUCUACCUAUCACAAGCACAGAAGGCCAGGGUGUUCAUGCAGCCACAGAAGGAAGUGCUUUGGAUGAAGGAGAAGAUGUGGUUGCCUCUAAGCCCACACCUACAUUCCCCCCAUUUGCACAUCCUUCAGAUGUAGAAGGAUCAACAUUUUUAAAUUAUAGUACUACUCAGGAGCCUACUACUUAUGUAGACACUUCCCAUACUGUUCCUCUUUCUGUAAUUCCCAAGACGGAAUGGGGGAUGUUGGUACCUUCUGUUCUACCGGAAGGUGAAGUUCUAGGUGAACCCUCUCAAGAAAUACAUGUCAUUGAUCAGACUCAUCUUGAAGCAACUAUUUCUCCUGAAACCGUAAGAACAAGAGAAAUUACACAGGAAACAACUCAGGAAGAAUUCCCUUGGAAAGAACAGACUCCAGAGAGGCCAGUUCCUGCCUUAGGUCCUACAGUCAGUACAGCCCAGGAGGCAACAAUGCCUGUGGGUGAACCAGAGAGUGAUUGGUCAGCAUAUACCAUCUCUGAAGACAGACCCGUAACAGCUUCUGAGAGAGUCCCAGUUUUAGAAACAACUCCAAUAGGAAAAACUGAGCACAGUAUGUCGUAUCCACCUGGUACUGUCACUGAGCACAAAGUGAAGACUGAUGAAGUGACAACACCAAAACCGAGCACAGAGCCAACAGCAUCUUUAAGUCAAGAGCCUGAACAAAAGUAUGAAACAGAAGGUACUAGUCCAAGGGGAUUUGUAUCACCUUUCAGCACUGGUGUUACCCAGAUUAUAGAGGAAACCACUACUGGGAAAAGAGAGAAAAUAUCCGUAGAUUAUUUUGAUUUAGGUUCAGGAUUAUUGGAAAAGCCUAAAGCCACAGAACUCCCAAAAUUUUCAACAGAAAAACCCACAGUUCCAAGUGAUCUCACUGCUGCCUUCAGUUCAGUAGACAGACGUUACACAACGUCAGAAUUCAAGGUGUCUUUGGCAUUCACUGAGAAACCACCUCUCAUUGACAGGGGGCCUGGUGAAGAAAUAACCGGGGACAUGGUAAUCAUUGGAGAAUCGACAUCUCGUGUUCCUCCCACUACCCCUGAGGAUAUUGUAAUGAAGGAAGCAGAAAUUGACAUCGAUAGAGAGUAUUUCACUGCUUCAAGUACUCCAUCUUCUACACAGCCAACAAGACCACCCACAGUAGGAGGCCAAGAGGCCUUCAGACCUCAGGCACCUUCCACUCCAGAACCCCCAGCAGGGACAAAACUCCGCCCUGACAUAAAUGUUUUUGUUAUUGAGGUCAGAGAAAACAAGACAGGUCGAAUGAGUGAUUUGAGUGUAAGUGGUCAUCCAAUAGAUUCAGAAUCUAAAGAAGAUGAGCCUUGUAGUGAAGAAACAGAUCCAGAGCAUGAUCUAAUUGCUGAAAUUUUACCUCAGUUAAUUGAAAUAGAUAUAUACCACAGUGAAGAUGAGGGGGAAGACGAAGAAUGUGCAAACGCUGCUGACGUGACCACCACCCCAUCAGUGCAGUACAUAAAUGGGAAGCAGCUAGUCACCACAGUGCCCAAGGACCCAGAAGCAGCAGAAGCUAGGCGUGGCCAGUUUGAAAGUGUGGCGCCUUCUCAAAACUUCUCACACAGCAGCCAAAGUGAUCCUCACCAGUUUGUGAUAGCUGAAAUUGGCUUGUCUACUGCCAUGCAACCUAAUGAAUCUAAAGAAACCACCGACUCAGCAGAACUGACGUGGAGGCCCGAGACUUACCCUGAAACACCAGAACAGUUUUCAAGUGGCGAGCCGGACAUUUUUCCUACACUCCCAUUCCAUGAGGGAGAGGCCACAGAGCGGCCAGGAUCAGUCACAGGGAGAGGACCGGAGCUUGGGCAUCGGGGCCAUGAGCACAAUGAACCCCUACCUCUCUUUCUUGAAGAGUCUUCAGGAGAGGCAGUCAUGGACCAACACUCUCAAAAAAUGGUCUCUUCAAGGGCUAUGAUGAUAACAUUCAGUGAAAAGGCAGAAAAAAGCACACCUGUCACAUAUACUCCAAGUAUGAUUCCAAGUUCUUUGCCUGCAAAUGUUUCAGAAGAACUAUCAGUUACCUUAACAGGAAGUCCCCAGCCUGAUGGCGUGCUGUCCACUGUAGAAAGCUGGGUGGAAAUAAGCCCCAGACAAGUUGUAGAGCUGUCAGGAAGGCCGUCAGUUCCAAUUCCAGAAGGCUCUGGGGAAGCAGGAGAAGCUAAAGAUGAAAUGUUCACCAUGCUGACUGAUCUAUCACAGAGAAAUACUACAGAUUCUCUUGUUCCCAGUGACACGAUGAUGACAGAAAGCCUUUUUGAUAUUCUGGCAACCACUGCUUCUUCAGUUUCUGAACAGCCUUCUGCAGAAGCAGUGCCUACCAAAUUUGUAAGGGAAACAGACUCUUCGGAGUGGGUCUUCAGCACAUCUCUUGCAAAGAAAAGGAAAGAUGAGGAAGGAACUACAGGCACAACUUCUACAAUGCAGGUACAGUUACUUCUGCAGAGAUCGGAUCAGUCAGUCUUACCCUCUGAAUUAGAAAGCUCCAGCAAAGCCACAUCUAGGGAUUCAGCAUCUGCUACCAGGACCGAUGCUAUGUCCUUGAUGACACCCACACAGUCUAAAAGGGAAAUGACAAGUUCUACCCUUGUCUUUACAGAAACAAAUGUUUUAGACAAUCUGGGGGCACAAACCACAGAACCCAGCAGUAGCAGGCAACCUGGGGUUCAGGAGCAGCUGGCCACUGGCCCAGGUGGCCUCAUCUCUCUCUUUGUGGAGCAGGGCUCUGGAGAAGCUGCUGCUGAUCCAGAAACCACUGCUUUUUCUUCAUCUCACUUACAACUUGAAAUUCAAACCAAAAAGGAAGCAGAUGGCACUUUGUCUCCCCAUGUGGGAACUAUAUUCCCUUUUGAGCCAACAGGAUUGGCUUUCAGUACUGAAACAGACAGAGAAGUUGCUGAAAUUAUAAGCCAAACAUCCAAAAACAGCUUGAUUUCAGAGGUGUCAGGAGAACAAAAUCGUGGGUCAGAAAUAAAGGGCUUUUCUACAGAUUUUCCUUUGGAGGAAGAUUUCAGUGGUGGCUUUAGAGAAUACGUGACAGUAUCUCAUCCCCUAACACAAGAAGAAACAGUAAUGAUGGAAAGCUCUGGGGAUGCAGCAUUUAAGGAUACCCAAAUUUCAGCAUCUGUAACACCUACCUCAGAUCAUAUCAGUCGCAUAGCUGACUUGGAAGGACCUCAAAGCACCUUGGUGAGCACUUCCGCCUUGUCUUGGGAAGAAUUCAUAGCCUCUGCUGAGGGCUCAGGUGAGCAGUUGGUCUCAGUAAGCAGCUCUGUUGACCAAGGGUUUGCCAGUGCUGUGGGAAAUAUUUAUGGUACAGAUUCCCCACUUACUGACCAAGGAUUGGGAGAAGGUGCCAUGAAUGAAGCUGGUACAAGAUCCACCGUUUUACCAAUAGCAGAAGCUGAAGGUACUGAAGCUCCAACAGAAAUGAGGAAAGUGAAGUUUGGUGGCACAGUUCCAAUGGACUUUCCCCAGACUAUGGAGCCGGCCUACUUAUGGUCCAGGCCAGAAGUCACUCCUGUAAGACAAGGAAUUGAAAGUGAAACAGCCUCAGAGGAAAAGACUCAAGAACAAAAAUCUUUUGAAUUCCCUCAAAGCUCUACUGCACCAGAACAAACAAAUUUUGAUUCGCAAACAUUUACUGAAACUGGACUCCAAACCACAGAUUAUUCUACACUAACGACAAAGAAAACUUACAGUAUCGGUGAAAUGGAGGUGGAAGGCAUUUCCUUACUUGAUAUGUCUACUCCAGAGCCAGAUGCAAAAGGCUUGGAACCCUACAGUACUGUCCCUGAAGUUACUGAAAAAUCCCAUUUUUUCUUAGCCAGUGCUUCAGUGACUGAAUCAUUGCCAGCCAAAAGCAUAGUUACAGAUUCACCAAUCAAAGAGGAAGAAAGUAUGAAACCCUCUCCCAAAAUUAUGAGACCAAUAAUUAAAGAGUCAGAUUCUGAUCUUUUAUUCUCUGGACUGGGAUCAGGAGAAGAAGUUUUGCCUGCUACAACAUCGGUAAAUUUUACUGAAAUGGAACAAAUCAUCAACAUAUUAUAUCCCCAAAUUUCUCAAGUGGGAAGUUUAGAAACUAGCACCUUAAGUGAUACAACUGACCUCUCUGUGGAAAUAGAAAAUGAGGCACAUGUAGUUAGAUCACUCACUUCCCAGACAGACAGUCUCUCUGAUGAUAGGGACACAGCAUCCAGCCCAACCAUACUAGAAAUUUUAAGUGACACCAGCACAGAAGGACCCUCUAUGGCACCUCCCAUUCUCUCCACAGACACUGUGCAUCUUCAAGAUCAGGCUCGAGGUUGGGCAGAAGACAUACAGACUAGCAGACCACAGCCUCCCCCUGAACAAGUCUCUGAUGACAAUUCUUCAGUAGCAGAAAUGAAAGAAACGGCAACCUCUUCUACUGAUUUUCUGGCCAGGACUUACGGUCUUGAAAUGGUGAAAGGAUUUGUUACAUCAGCUCCAAAGCCAUCUGACUUAUUUUAUGAACAUUCUGGAGAAGGAUCUGGGGAACUGGAUAUGGUUGAUUUAGUCCACACUUCUGGAACUAUUCAGGCAACCAGGCAAGGAAGCACCACAUUUGUUUCUGAUAGAUUCCUGGAAAAACAUCCUGAAGUUCCAAGUGCUAAAGCGAUUACUGCUGAUGGAUCCCCAGCAGUUUCAACGGCGCCGCCUCUUCGUUCCCAGCAGAAUGAAAGCCCCUCCAACCCAGCUAGCACACUGUCAUAUGAGAGGUCUGCUGAAGGUGCUGCAGAGAGUUCCCAAGACCAUUUCAGAGCAUUUGAGGAUUCCACCUUAAAACCUGAGAGAAGACAAACCACUGAAAAUAUUAUUAUAGAUUUGGACAAAGAAGACAAGGAUUUAAUAUUGACUGUUACAGAGAGUCCCAUCCUUGAAAUUUUACCUGAGCUGACUUCAGAUAAAAAUACUAUCAUAGAUAUUGAUCACACUAAACCUGUAUAUGAAGACAUCCUUGAAAUGCAAACAGACAUAGAUCCGGAGGUACCAUCAGGAUCACAUGACAGUAGUGAAGAAAGUACUCAAGUUCAAGAGAAGUAUGAGGCAGCUCUUAACCUUUCCUUAACUGAGGAAAACUUUGAGGGCUCUGGUGAUACUCUUCUGGCUAACUACACUCAGGCAACCGAUAAAGAAGCAAUGACUUCUGGAGACAGAAGCCAAUUAGAUCACACGGGCUUUAUCUUCACAACUGGGAUCCCUGUCCCUAGCACAGAAACAGAAUUAGAUAUUUUGUUUCCUACAGCAACAUCCCUGCCCCUUCCUAGUAAGUCUGCCACAGUUAAUCAAGGGAUUGAAGAACCAAAAAUGGAAGCAAAAGUCCUGGAUGACAUCUUUGAAUCGAGUACUUUGUCUGAUGGUCAAGCAAUUGCAGACCAAAGUGAGAUGAUAUCCACAUUGGGCCAUUUGGAAAGCACACAGGAUGAGUAUGAAGAACAGAAAUACGGAGCUCCUUCUUUUCAACCAGAAUUCUCUUCAGGAGCCGAGGAGUCACUGAUUCAUCCUUCACCCUACGUAAGUAUUGGGCCUCUCCACCUUAUGACUCAGAGUUUAACGGAGGCACCAAAUGGAAUGGAAGGAUCAAAUCCCCCAGAUUAUAUGGAUAUAACAUCAGUGUUUCCAGCUUCUGCAGAGUCGUCCUCUCAGACGUUGUCAUCUCCAUUCACUGUAUACUUCGACAGUGGGUUCUCUGAACACACAGAGGGCCCCCAGCCAAGUGCUCUGCCAAGUACAGAUGCUGUCACAACUCAAAUGAACCCAGGAAAACUUGGAAACAUUGAAGGGACUUUCAGACUAUCAAGUGAAGAGGACUUUCACAUAACUGAGCCUCCAUUCUUAUCUCCUGACACAGAACUAGAACCUUCAGAAAAUGAAAGUGAACCUCAGUUAUUAAACCAAAUUGAAGCUUUUCCCACAGAAACAAUUGCUGCAGACGAAACUGAGAUUCCCCAAGAUUUCAAAAGCAAAGCCAGUGUUCAGCUUUCUGGAGAAACAGUCCAGGUCUUUUCCAGUAUUAGCACACCUGAGGCUGGAACUGUUAUCACAGCUGCAGGUGAACUUAAGUUAGAAGGUGCUACACUGCGGCCACAUACUACUGCUUCUGCAACUUACGGGGUUGAUGCAGAUGUGGUACCUCAGCCCAGCCCACAGACUUCUGAGGGGCCCACCAUUCCUCCUCUGGAAACAAACCCUGAAACACAGGCGGCUUUGAUCAGCGAGGAGGAUUCCACAGUAGCAGAAUCAGAACAGCAAGUAACAGCGAGAAUCCUUGAUUCCAAUAAUCAGGCAACAGUAAGCAGUGCAGAGUUAAAUACUGAGCUUACAACAACAUCAUUUUCCCUUCUGGAAACUUCUAAUGAAACCAGUUUCCUGAUUGGCAUUAAUGAAGAAUCAGUGGAAGGCACAGCAGUCUAUUUACCAGGACCUGAUCAUUGCAAAACAAACCCUUGCCUUAAUGGAGGCACCUGUUAUCCUACUGAAACCUCCUAUGUGUGUACCUGUGUGCCAGGAUACAGUGGCGACCAGUGUGAACUCGAUUUUGAUGAAUGCCACUCUAACCCUUGUCGCAACGGAGCCACAUGUGUUGAUGGUUUUAAUACCUUUAGGUGCCUCUGUCUUCCGAGCUAUAUUGGUGCACUUUGUGAGCAAGACACCGAGACGUGUGACUAUGGUUGGCACAAAUUCCAAGGGCAGUGCUACAAAUACUUCGCUCACCGACGCACGUGGGACGCGGCUGAGCGGGAAUGCCGUCUGCAGGGUGCCCAUCUCACAAGCAUCCUGUCUCAUGAGGAACAAAUGUUUGUGAACCGUGUGGGCCAUGAUUAUCAGUGGAUAGGCCUCAAUGACAAGAUGUUUGAACAUGACUUCCGUUGGACUGAUGGCAGCACGCUGCAAUAUGAGAACUGGAGGCCCAACCAGCCAGACAGCUUCUUUUCUGCUGGAGAAGAUUGUGUUGUAAUCAUUUGGCAUGAGAACGGCCAGUGGAAUGAUGUUCCCUGCAAUUACCACCUCACCUAUACCUGCAAGAAAGGAACAGUUGCUUGCGGCCAACCCCCAGUUGUAGAAAAUGCCAAGACCUUUGGAAAGAUGAAACCUCGUUAUGAAAUCAACUCCCUGAUUAGAUAUCACUGCAAAGAAGGUUUCAUUCAACGCCACCUUCCAACUAUCCGUUGCCUAGGAAAUGGAAGAUGGGCUAUGCCUAAAAUUACCUGCAUGAACCCAUCUGCAUACCAAAGGACUUAUUCUAAGAAAUACUUAAAAAAUUCCUCAUCAGCAAAGGACAAUUCAAUAAAUACAUCAAAACAUGAUCACCGUUGGAGCCGGAGGUGGCAGGAGUCGAGGCGCUGAUCCCUAAAAUGGCGAAUAUGUGUUUUCAUCAUUUCAGCCAAAGUCCUAACUUCCUGUGCCUUUCCUUUCACUUCAAGAAGUAUUAUCAGUUGGGUUUGGAUUUUUGGACCACCAUCCAGUCGUUUUGGGUUGCUAUGCUCCCAAAACAUUUUAAAUGAAAGUAUUGGUAUUCAAAAGGAAAGCAAACAAAAUGAAAGAACAUGAGGGCAGAAUGUAACCAUAUCCAGCCUGUCUAAUUUCUUUAGGUUUCUAUUUGCCUCCAGUGCAGACAAUUUUAUAACAUAUACCAGCCUACUGUACUAUUUAAAAAAACUCAAUUUCAGAAACAAUGGCAAUGUAAAUAAGAUGAUUUAAUGUUGAUUUUAAUCCUGUAUAUAAAAUGAAAAGUCACACUGAGUUUGGGCAUAUUUAAUGAUGAUUAUGGAACCUUAGAGGUCUUUAAUCAUUGGUUCGGCUGCUUUUUGUAGUUUGUUUAGGCUGGAAAUGGUUUCACUUGCCCUUUGUCAGCAAGACUAAGGAUGGCUUUUUCUGGAUAACUAGCAAUCGCAAAGUCUCGUAGGUCAGUACACCAUCUCAGCCACUAGUGCAAUUUGCUUCCACAUGAUGCUGAAGCCUGGCUAAUGGGAUAACCCACAGAACUGGGGAUUGCAACGUGGAACUCUUCUUUGCUGCAUUCCAUUUCCUUCACUUACAAGAAAGGCCUGAAUGGGGGACUUUUCUACAACCAGGAACAUUUUUUAGGGGUCAAAGUGCUAAUUAUUAACUCAACCAGGUCUACUUUUUAAUGGCUUUUGUAGCACUAACUUGCAGGUUACAGAUCAACACAUUUUAAAUGGACACAGACCUAGGACUCUGGAGGGCAGGGGAUUGUUAGAACAACACACAUUCAAAGAAAGAAAUUUUGUAUAUAUAACCAUUUUAAUCUUUUAUAAAAGUUUUGAAUGUUCAUGUAUGAAUGCUGCAGCUGUGAAGCAUACAUAAAUAAAUGAAGUAAGCCAUACUGAUUUAAUUUAUUGGAUGUUAUUUUCCUCCAAACCUGAAAAUUGACAUAGUAUGCUAGUUAUUUUCAGCAUUAACCUUUUUAUUUCCCUCACACAGUCUGGAAUCAUAUAAUCUAGGUACUUUGUCCCUGAUUAAAUAAUGUGAUGGAUAGAAUGCAUCCAGUGUUUAUUAUGAAAAGAGUGGAAAAGUGUAUAGCUCUCAGAAAAUGGUGUUUGCCCAUCCUAAGUAAGGGGCAUAUAUGUAGAAAUAGUGUGGGUAUUUCUUCCUGGUAGGUGGAGUGUUGAGUGUUGAAAUUUCUCUUUAUCUCUUCCCACUGUGUUUUCUCCCCUUUAUUUGAAUAAAGUGACUGGUGAAGAUGACUUAGAAUCAUUAUCCACUUAAUUUAAUGUUUGAAGAAAAUCCUGUAAUGGAAACAUGACAUUUAGGAGUCCUUCUCUAAUUUCAGUUAAAAUGACCUUGAGAGAAUUGGACAACAAAUAAAAUGCAAAUAGAAAACAGUGCGUACCCAACACUGAUUCUUUCCCACAAAACUUCUUUUGGCUUAUAUGAACACUAGUAGUUACCUUCAUACACAGUGUCUUUAGAAGUUCUCUUGGUUGCUGUAUUAAAUGUAUUCCAUCUUUGGGUGCCCUCGAGCACAGAAAUAGAGCACUGUGUUGACCUAUUAGGUUUUAAUUUUUCCUCUUUCAUUUCAAUGCACAUAAUACAUUCCUGUAUUUAUAUUAUAACAUGUAUAGUGUAAAAUGUGAAUGACUGUUUUUUUUGUGAAUGAAAAUCUAAAAUCUUUGUAACUUUUAUACCUGCUUUUGUUUCACCAAAGAAACCUAAAAUCCUUCUUUUA